AUGAAUCAAAGUGAGAGUUUUGAUUUUAACUGUGAAGUAACAGGUCCGUCUGACCCAACACCAGAUUGUCUCCCUUAUGAACGAGUUUUAAGAACUGGAAAAUAUUUCAUUGAGCUUUGGGGAGCGCAAGGUGGAAACACUACUGGAAAGGUAGGCGGAAAUGGUGGAUACGUAAGCGGAUAUAUCAAUUUAUAUGUAAAAACUAAAGUUUAUAUUUAUCUGGGUGAAGCUGGUAUGACUGGAACCUCAAUCCCACAAAGACUUCGAAAAACAUUCGGAGGUGGUGGUAUGGGUUUAUAUGGUGGCGAUUGUGUAGCAACUUCUGGAGGAGGGAUGUCUUGGGUUACGAUCAAUUCCCCAGCAAUUGAAAACGCCAUUUUAAAAGCAGCUGGUGGUAGUGGAGCAGCUUAUUUUCAGAAUGGAGGAGCUAAUUAUGGCUCUCCUGGAGGCGGUCUGAUUGGGAUUGAUGGAAAGCAAGGUUAUUGGAGAGGAACAUAUUAUGCAUUUGGUACAAGUGGCAAAGAAACCGCAGCUGGAACUAAUAGUUAUUGUUCUGAAUGUAAUGGAAAUUUUAAUAAUGGAGGAAACAACAAAGGUGAAAAUCAGAUUGGCUCAGGUGGUGGCUCUGGGCACUUUGGAGGGGCUGCAGGAAGUGUAUAUGGUGCAACUGGUGGCAGGGGAAGUUCUUGGUACAGUGUCCUAAGAGAGAAUGGUAAUACCAUUGCUAGAAAUUCGUUAAUGCCAUCACCAUUUAAUUCGAGCGAAUUUUAUGGAAAUUAUGGAAAUGGAAAAGCAAGAAUUACAUUUACAGUCCGGUGGUUUCUCGCGUGUUAA